CUAGCAGGCAUUAUUUUUCUCAAGAUGGCUGGUUGGACCGGUUUGUUAAUUUUGUUUGCGGCUGUGUCUGUUUUUCUGGAUGGUGGAGUUGUCUUUGCGAAGGAAAAUCAAAGAACGUUGGUCCUACUUGACAGUUUAACUAUUAAGGAAACUCAUUCCAUCUUUUUUCAAACUUUGAAAGACAGAGGUUUUGAAUUGACAUUCAAGGCUGCUGACGAUGCUGGCUUGUCCUUGGUAAAAUAUGGAGAAUAUUUGUAUGACAACCUAAUUCUUUUUUCACCCUCUGUUGAAGAGUUUGGUGGGAACAUUGAUGUGCCAGCUAUAAGCAGUUUCAUAGAUGGGGGUGGAAAUGUUCUGGUUGCAGGCAGCUCACAAAUUGGUGAAGCUAUCCGUGAUCUGGGCAGUGAAUGUGGUGUUGAAUUUGAUGAAGAGAAGACAUCAGUUAUUGACCAUUUGAACUAUGAUGUUUCUGAUGAUGGGAAGCACACUUUGAUAGUUGCUGACCCUAAAAACCUCAUUUCAUCAAACAUACUCAUUGGCUCAAAGAAGAUCAACCCCCUUCUGUUCAGAGGUGUUGGAAUAACGGCUGAUAAUGAGAAUCCUCUUGUGCUUGACAUCCUCCAUGCUUCAUGGACAGCCUACUCCUUCAAUCCAAACCAGAAGAUCUCAGACUACCCACAUGCAGUUGGUCAGAACACCUUGCUCAUUGCCGGUCUCCAGGCCAGGAACAAUGCCCGUGUUCUCUUUUUUGGUUCACUUGAUUUCUUCAGUGACGAGUUCUUUGGCUCCUCCGUGCAGAACGCUGCUGUCCCAGGCUCUCAGAAGUAUGCAGUGUCGGGUAACAAGGACCUAGCCAUAACAUUGACCCAGUGGCUGUUUAAGGAGAAGGGGGUGCUGAGGGUGGGUGAGGUGAAGCACCACAAGGUCGGAGAGAAGGAGCCACCACAUGCAUACACCAUCUUGGAUGAUGUGGAGUACUCAUUGGUCAUCGAGAAGAUUCUAGAUGGCAAGUGGGUGCCAUUUGAAGCCGAUGAUGUUCAACUGGAGUUUGUGCGCAUUGACCCAUUUGUUAGGACCACGUUGAAGGGAAAGAAUGGCGUGUUUAGCACAAGAUUCAAACUUCCGGACGUCUAUGGAGUCUACCAGUUUCGAGUUGAUUACAAUCGCAUCGCGUACACGCACCUCUUCAGCGCCACCCAGGUCUCUGUGCGACCGCUGGAGCACACGCAGUACGAGAGGUUCAUCGCAUCCGCCUACCCUUACUAUGCCAGUGCUUUCUCCAUGAUGUUCGGAGUCUUCCUCUUCAGCUUCAUAUUCCUGCACUUCAGGGAGAAGGAUAAAUCUGAGUGAUGGAUAGUUCAGUUGCUGCGCUCUGCUGCUGUUGUGUGUGUGCGUGCGUGCGUGCGUGUGUGUGUCCACACAUUAUUGUUAGGAUUGUUAAAGUUAGUUUUCUUGUUAAGUCGUUGAAGAAGGUGAUGGUGCAUGUUUGUUGGAGUUCUUGUUUUUUAUUCAUCCAUGUUUUUAUUUAUGUCUUGAUGUUGUUGAGCUCUAUUUAUACUGAUGAAUAAAUAAAGUUAUCAAUCGGUCAAA